UUCCGGGCGCGAGCGCCAGCCCAGCCGGCGAGAGAGGGAGUAGGGAGUGCCGGGCCGGGCGUCCCCGAGAGAGCCACGAACCGAAACCUGAGGUCCGAGUGUUUUCUUCAUGGCGGAGGAGCCCUCCUUUCGGAGCGGUUUGUGCCGCCCAGACAGCCCAGCCCGGAGCCAGUUUCUCCCUUUUGGGGCUGGAGGCAGGAAAGGAGGCGGCCGCGGCAAGCCUAGAAAUUACUGAGCAGAACAGUAAUUUAAUAAUUCCACUCACUGCUUGCACUGUUAUUGCUGCUUGCCUGUGUUUGGGGAAAUGAAGGCUCUGAGAGGCAAUGGGCGCUCAGAUGCAAAAGCCAGUGCUUAGCCACCCCAAACCUUAAGAGAUGACUGGGAGAAACCUGGCCAGGCUUCAGACUCCCCUACACCAGCCUGGAGACGCUGGACGCGGGAGCUCCAAACGUUAGUGAUCGGAUCCCAAACAAGAGGCUGAUUAGAUCUGCUUUGCCGGGAUUUGCUUUGAGGUAUAGCUGGUAGCUCUGGCUUCCUAAGGAAAAUCUUAUCUCAGCCCGUAGCCAUGGAGCCGCUGAGCGCUGCCAACACGCGCUUCGCCAUUGACCUGUUCCGCGCCUUGAAUGAAGACAAUCCGGCGGGAAACAUCUUCUUUUCUCCCUUCAGCAUUUCCACGGCGCUGGCUAUGGUCUUUCUGGGGGCCCGGGGCAGCACCGCAGCGCAGCUGUCCAAGACGUUUCGUUUUGAUGCAGUUGAGGAGGUUCAUUCAAGAUUUCAGAGUCUGAAUGCUGAAGUCAACAAACGUGGUGCUUCCUACAUUCUGAAACUUGCCAACAGGUUAUACGGAGAGAAAACCUAUAGCUUCCUCCCUGAGUUCUUGGAGUCAACUCAGAAAAUGUACGGGGCUGACUUGGCCAGUGUGGAUUUCCAGCAUGCGUCUGAGGAGGCAAGGAAGGAGAUAAAUCAGUGGGUCAAAGGCCAGACAGAAGGGAAAAUUCCAGAACUAUUGGCUCCAGGUGUGGUUGGCAGCAUGACUAAGCUUGUGCUGGUGAAUGCAAUUUAUUUCAAAGGAAACUGGAAGGAGAAAUUCGUAAAAGAGGCCACGACUGAUGCCCCAUUCAGACUGAAUAAGAAAGACACAAAAAUGGCUAAAAUGAUGUAUCAGAAGAAGAAAUUUCCGUAUGGCUACAUCCAGGAACUGAAAUGUCGUGUGUUAGAACUGCCCUACAAAGACAAGGACCUCAGCAUGGUCAUCCUGCUGCCAGAUGACAUUGAAGAUGACUCCACAGGUCUGAAGAAGAUUGAAGAACAGUUGACUUUGGAAAAGCUGAGUGAGUGGACCAAACCUGAGAAUCUGCCAGUCAUUGAAGUCAGUGUCAGCUUGCCCAGGUUCAAGCUGGAAGAGAGCUACAACCUCAACUCCUACCUAGCCCGCCUGGGUGUGCAGGAUCUCUUUAGUAGUAGUAAGGCUGAUCUGUCCGGCAUGUCAGGAGCCAGGGAUCUUUUUAUAUCAAAAAUUGUCCAUAAGUCCUUUGUAGAAGUGAAUGAGGAAGGCACAGAGGCGGCGGCUGCCACAGCAGCCAUUGCCAACUUCACCAUGCUUAUGCCAGAGGAAACUUUCAUUGCCGAUCAUCCAUUCCUUUUCUUUAUCCGGCAUAAUUUCUCAAAGACCAUCCUGUUCAGUGGCCGAUUUUCUUCUCCUUAGAGAUCGUGGAAACACAGGGUCAGGCCUGAAGCUUUAUUACCUGAGUUUUUAAUGGUAACAAUUUUCGUAUAUAAUCUACAUCCUCAUCCUUGUUUUAAAGUAAUUGUUGACUGUUUUGUUAUAUCCCUCUAUUUUCUAAACUAUUAAAGGGCCACCUUGUAAAAACCUGCGUUCUCUUUUUCCUUCUCCUUUAUUCUGCCUGUUAUGUAGAGUUUGUGUGAGGCCAAGUGGAGUCAAGAAGUGGAUGUCUUAUGAUAAGAGAUGUCAGAAGAGCACAAGAAGAAAAACAUAGCAAGGGAGACUGCUAAGCAAACAGGGAUGCAAAGAGCUCUGUGGAGGCAGCUUCUCUUGUGUGUUCUGAUAAAGGCUGUUGACCUCCAUCAUAUGAUACUGGUUGUUAUAACAAUGGGAUGAGUCUGUGCAAUUCUGGGGGGGGGGGACUCUUUGAUUAAUACAAACCUUUGUUGAAUGUACCCCUUUGAGUGGAGAUUGAAAUGCUGCAUUUUUGUGCUGCUACAAAGCAACCUGUUAAAUUUCCUAAGUGCUGGAAGCCAGGCUGAUUUUAGCCUUCUUGUUUCCCCUGAUUUCAGACAAGCCAAGGCUACAGAAGUAGGCUCUUGGCUGGCAAUACUAACACCCAUGAUGUUAAAAACAAAAUUUUAGUGAAUCUCUUGUUAGCAAGCUUUUCUUCUUAAAAUAUUUAUUAGUGCCUACCAUAUUCCAAAAAUCUCUUAUCUACAGGAAAUAAAAAAAAAA